AGAAACCCGCCUUUCCACCUUUAAAACUUUAACUUACAAAAUCACCGGAUGAACUAGUCAUGUUUCGCAAACUGAUUACAUGCUUCAUCCUUUUGGGAUUUUCACUGUCGACAUAUGCAGACGACGAGGUUAAACACUGUCGAGAGACAUUGGAUUGUCCAAUGUAUCCUUAUGAUGCCUGUUUUGCUGAACAGGAAGGACUAGUGUGCCAUAGCGUUCGUGAUGGAGGAUUCGAAAUGGCAGUCAGUCACAUAUAUACUUUUGUAUACGCAUUUCAAGAUCUUCGAGAUGAUAUGAGGAAUGACACCGGCGAGCCUUGCUUCACCAUUCCACGAUCAGAUGAACUUUCCAACUAUGUGAAACGCCGUGGACCAGUGGUUAUUGAAGAUGCAGACUUGGACUUGAUUGGAAACUGCACAUACGACUCAUACUGCGACCCCAAGUCUAAAACUUGCCAACCAAAACGAGAUGUAGGGGAACCUUGCGAAUAUAAUGAACAGUGCCAUUUCAAUCUGAGAAGAUAUCCCGGCCAUUGUAGCAAUACAUCCGUUUGUAUAGAACGUGAGGAUGCUGUCCAACUUUUAUAUCCUCCGGCUUUUCAGAAAUGGGAAAUUGGUGAGCAUUGGCAACAAGGAGCGGUGGCACUGGCUGUUACAGCAACUGCAGUCAUUUGUUUCUACUUUGGACGACAGCAGGCUGGUGCCAUGGUAGGUGGCGUGCAAGUUUUGAUUGAAAAGUGGCAAAAUGGGUCUUCGGUGAGGAAUCGCUCAGAGGAAGAAGAGAAUGGAUUUUUGGAGCCCACCUCCUCGCAACCAAGAAAUUCCCAAUGGUGGGCAUAUCUACCAUUUUACAACUUCUUCAGUCAUCGCUUCCGGCAAGCUGGCGAGGGUACUACAUACAUUCAACUUGCUGGACGAGAGCGAAAUGAUGCACCUCCCGACUACAGAGACUGAGGCCCUCCCAUCUGUGCUCAGCUUUUUGCAAAUGUUGCAGCGGAUAUAAAUUCUUAUACCUACCACAUAUCGACAUGAAAGACGAUAUAAAUGAAAUCUUUUUCUGUCAUUUCACCUAUCCCUUCCUUUCUACUCUGAUUUUUCAUCAUUCAGAUGGGUCAUUCCCUACCAUUUCUCACUUGUACUAUACGUUACAGAAAAUAAACUUUGCAAUAACGUGUCUCGUUGAACACAGUUCUUUUG